AUGAAUUCAUGGCAACGCAUGAGCUCACUGGGACAAGUUGCACAUCUACCCCAUGAUCACACGGGUUUUGAGGAUGCCACUACACUGGAACAGUCACUAGCUUCGCCUGAGUUCUAUCUAGCUAUCUUUUGUCGACCCCAUGGCCUGACUUAG